GCCUGUGAGUAGCCUGUAGCUUUGUCCACAGUUAGCUAAGAGGUUGUAAUCAAACUUCUCAAGUCAACUUUCAAAGAUGGGAUGUGACGGUGGGACGAUUCCUAAAAGGCACGAGUUGGUGAAGGGGCCCAAAAAAGUGGAGAAGGUUGAUAAAAAUGCUGAGUUGGCUGCAAAAUGGAAGUACUGUGCCUUGAGCCAGGAGAAACUCAGACGCCCCAUUGUUUCCUGUGACCUCGGAAGGCUCUAUAAUAAAGAUGCCAUCAUUGAAUACCUUCUGGAUAAGACUGCUGAGAGACCCAACGCUGAGGCUGUAACACACAUCCGUGGGAUCAAGGACAUAAAGGAGCUCAACUUGACUGAUAAUCCGGAGUGGGAGGGAGAGAGAAGAAAUACUAAAGGAGACAGAUAUGAAGACCUCAACUGUGGCAUGUUCAUUUGCCCUGUUGUUGGGUUGGAGAUGAAUGGCAAACACAGGUUCUGUUACCUGCAGACUUGCGGUUGUGUCUUCUCUGACCGAGCCAUGAAGGAGGUUAAGACAGAAAUCUGCCACAAAUGUGGGGACCCGUUUCAUGAUGAGGACGUUGUUGUGCUCAAUGGCACAAAGGAGGAGGUGGAGAAGCUGAGGGAGAAGAUGAAAGAGAAGCAGGCCAAAGCCAAAUCUAAGAAAUCAAAGAAGAGCAAAGUUGCUGAAACUGUGUCCCCACCAUUGGAAUCAAAAGAUGACACACAAUCUCCACAAGUGGAUGUAGCAGGGAGCAGCACGCAACAAAAUGGCGAUGAAAGCAGCCAGUCAGAUCUGGCCGGACCCUCGGGAUCCUCCAGCUCCUUUAAAGGCUCCAAGUCUUCAUCAAGCUCCGCCACCAAGAGGUCCAUCCAGGAAAUGACGGAGAAGUCAGAGGCCUUUAAAUCCCUGUUCACCACCCACAGCUCUGCAAAGCGCACCAAAGAUCAGACAUCCAACUGGGUCACCCAUACCCCGUAUCACUUCUAGUUACUAACACUUAACAGCAAUUUUUAGAUUGUGACCCAUUAAAGAAGAGUCCUUACUAAUAAAUCUUGUUCUUCAUAACCAGCACCCAACACACAUACACACACACACACACACACGUAGAUAUUACCCAACUGACUUCUAAUAACAGUGUCACCAAUGUGCGGACUCAUUCCCAACUUGUCUCCUCAGUCCCCAGUAGCUCAGUGUUUACAUGUUGUGGACAUUUUAUUAAUUGCUCCCCAAGCUGUUCAGACUCUUUGUUUUGUAACCUAAUUCCUCCCCGAUGUAUUCUCCACAGCAUGUCUGUCUUCUCACUCAUGGGUGCUUUGAGAAUUGAUGCUUGGGGUGUUAUUUUCUUUUGACCGUCAGUGUCACUCUGCUGACUCCUAGUGGACAGAGCGCAGCUUUUUUAAUCUAUCUGGUUGAGACUGUCACAAAGGUAAUGUCAGAUAAGCUUAAUUUCUUUCAUUUAAUGGGAAAAAAAUCUGUUAAACAGUUCCUUCUGGGAUACAGUUGGUGUCAGUAACUACUGUCGGUUAAAGAAUACAUAAUAUAGAUAAUGAUUUUUUCCCCUUCCAAGCCUCCAGUCUAAUAUGUGAUGAUAGGAGAUAUACUUUUAGCUCUCCCUUAUCCUUGAGCAUCACAACCUGCAUUUUCUUCCCAAACAUGCUUCCAACUGUCUUUAUAAGUCUAAUGGACAUUUUGGAGGACCUUGGAUGUUUUUUUUUAAAUUUUUUUAUGUUAGCUUCCAGUAUGUGAUAGCGAAACUGAACUUAAAAUUUCUACACUUUUCUUUGGACAGUCAGUUGUUUUUUUUGGGGUUUUUUUUAAAAGAAGGUUAUAGGUGUGUUCUUUUUUGAGGUUGGACAUACAGUUUUUUUUUUUUUUUUUUUUUUUUUUUGCAUGUACUGAGCAGAUGUCAAAAUAAAUUUAUAUUCAA